GUGUGAUCUUUCAUUACAAAGCAGUCGCUUCGAGUCGCUUCUAUUAACAUGUUGUGAAAAAUAAUAAUCAAAAUAUUUAGAAAUAAUUUUUUCCUCCUAUGAAUUAAUUAAAAUAAAUUUUCCUAAGCGAUUAAAUUAAUCAAGCAGCUUAAUUUGAAUUAGGAAGGAAAAUUAACUAAUUGAUUAAUGUAAUGUGUUGAUUUAUUGAGUGCUAAGUUUAUGACAUAAUCAAUUAAAAGUCAAAAUUAAAGCAAAUUACGUAUUUAACGCUAUAAAUCAUGAAAGUGCACAAGACAGAUUUAUUUCAAAUGACAAAACAAGGAAUUUAUGAAGUGAAAAUUUAAUGAAAAUGGUUUCUUUUGGUUGGAAGAAGUUUAUAUUAAUUCAAUUUCUUUAUGUUGUAGUUUUUAAUUUUAAACAAGUAAAUUCCUUCGCUGAUGUUCGUUCAACAUGCAAAACAGUUCCAAAUCUCACAAAACAACAGUUGGAAUUGUGUUAUAAAGCAAACGAUGUGACAAUGGCUGCUAUAGAGGGAUUAGAAUUUGCAAUUAACGAAUGCCAACAUCAGUUUCGAUGGAAUCGUUGGAAUUGUUCAUCUUUAAAAGGGAAAAGUCGGAAUCCACAUUCAUCUAAUUUAUUUAAUAAAGGAUACAGAGAAAGUGCAUUCGGUCACGCUAUUACUGCUGCUGGAGUUGUUUUAAGUGUUGCUCGAGCAUGCAGUCAAGGACGUUUACUAUCAUGUGGCUGCGAUCCAACUUCACAUCGGAAAGGUCUUUCAAAGUCACUCCGUGAAAGUCUUGAAAAGGAAAAACGACGCUUUCUAGAUAAAGUUAUUGAUAAUCCAUUUAUUAUUGAUAAGAAUAUUGAAAGGAAUUUCGGAAUCAAAACCAAUGAAGUUUUGUCGAAGAAAAAGAUGAAGCAACAGAUGUCUAAUAGAUGGAAGUGGGCUGGAUGCUCACACAAUAUUGAUUUUGGUGUUGAAUUUUCUGAACUAUUCCUAGAUAGUCGAGAAAAAGCUGGUGACUUACAAUCUCAAAUUAAUUUACAUAACAACAAAGUUGGAAGAUCUGUGGUUCAAAAAAAUCUAGUUGGAAAAUGUAAAUGUCAUGGUUUAUCAGGAAGUUGCCAACUUAAGACUUGCUGGAAAUCAUCACCAGAUAUUCGAAUAAUAGGCAAAUUACUUAAACAGCAAUUUCGACGAGCGGUGUUAGUUGAUCAGUCUAAUUUUGGUAAAGGAAUGAUCGUUUAUAACAGGAAUAAUAAAAAACGUAAUUCAAAGUCUGUAAAAUAUAAAUUAAAAACUGAAAAUGAAAUGCAUAAUGAUCAAGCGAUGACAACCAGAAGAAAUAAGAGGAAUAAAAUGGAAAAUUCCCUUUUCUACUUUCAAAAGUCACCAAAUUUUUGUGAAAAAGAUAUGUCAUCAGAUAUUCUCGGUACACAUGGACGGAGAUGUAAUCUAACAAGUACAGGAAGUGAUUCAUGUUCAUCGCUUUGUUGUGGCCGCGGUUACAAUCUCGUUAAAGAGGUGACAAAUCAAAGAUGUAAUUGCCGUUUUCAUUGGUGCUGCUAUGUUGAAUGUCAAACAUGUAAACAAAUUGAAUGGAUAAGUGUUUGUAAUUAAACUGAAUGUGAAAAAAACUAUCUUGACAUCGGUAAAAAAUGUUAAGAUUAAGGAUUCAUUGGAACAAAAUGGAAUAAUUUACUUUAAUCUGUUGAAAAUUCUAGUAAAAUCAGUAAUUGUAGCUUUAGUAAUUUUGAGUUCCAAACCUGCAUUGUAAAAUGAAAAAUGAGUCGCAAAACCACAAAUCAACAGCUUUGGAGCUAAAAUAAUUUCACAUUAAAUUUUUUAAAAUGGAAUCCGUUUUGCUUCAAAUUUACAACUAGUUUUUACAUCAAGUGUUGAAAAUUUAGAAUUUAGAAUAAAACCAGUGAACUUUUUAAAUUGAAUUCCUAGUUUAGUCUUAGUGUUCUUAAUAAAUAUUAUUUACUGAAAUAAAUCGUUAUUGAGUGAGUUUUGUAUUAUUAAAAUUGAUUUGAU